AUGCAGGCGUGCAGGCCAUGCCAUUUCUCUAGCCAGCUUCUGCUGCCUGACGGAGAUCACUCACGCAAGAGUCUGACUUUUGUCCUCCUUGUUGCAGGCCCAAGUGGAACGUCCUCGGGGACAAAUGACCACUCUAGCAAUCCCACCAAAGAAGCAAUCACCAGUCCAGGAGCCAGUGGGACCAACAGAGCUGACACCACCACUAGGGGAAGAUCCUCAGCUGGCAGCAGCAGCAGCAGCAGCAGCAGCAGCAGCAGUUCCCCUGGAGCCACUGCAGUGUGUCAUGGUCCAUUUGGUGAAAAAAAAUCUCCUGGAGACACAUGGAUUAUAAAUUGCCACCAAUGUACCUGUAGUGAUGCAAAAUCGGUAGACUGUAAGCCCAGAACCUGUCCCAUUCUACCCACAUGUACAAAUGGAGAGAAAUUGAUACGAUACAAGUCCAAUGAAUCUUGUUGUGAAACUGCAUAUUGUGAGCCAAGAACAUGUUUUCACAAUCAGACGGACUAUAAGAUUGGUGAAUCAUUUGAUGAUCUCCAUAAUCCAUGUGUGUCCCAUUUCUGUACUGAAAAUGGCUUUGUCACAGUGGUCCAAGAUUGCCCAAAGCAGAGUUGGUGCCCAAAGGAAAACAGAAAAUAUGAUUCAAAAAAAUGUUGCUAUACUUGUAAGGAAGACUGCAAACCAGUUCCUGUGAAUGUAACUGUUGAAUACAAAGGCUGUAUGAAGAAGGUUGAGAUGGCAAAAUGUAGUGGGGAAUGUAAAAAAUUACUCACGUAUAACUAUGAGACACUUCAAGUGGAAAACUCGUGUAUGUGCUGCCAAGAAGAUAUGUAUGAGAACAGAGAAGUCACUCUUAGUUGUCCUGAAAAGAAAACAUUGCCUUACACAUAUAGACAUACCAUCUCCUGCUCAUGCAAGAAUCUUUGUUCAAACUCUACAAGAAUAUUUUAA